CUUCGCUAACAAAUGAAAAAAUAAUGCCCUUGAAUCUGGAGUGAAACUGAACUAUCUAAGGAAAACACUGUGAGCAAACACCAAAGGCCGAGGGAAAUCAUCUGAUCAGAGCAGCUACCCCAAGAGCGUGGCAGGACGAAGGCGGCAGCUGGGACGGGGGCCGAGGCCAUGUCCACCACCGUUUACCAAGUGGUGGGCUUCCUCCUGUCCGUCCUGGGCCUGGCCGGCUGCAUCGCCGCCACGGGGAUGGACAGGUGGAGCACCCAGGACCUCUACGACAGCCCCGUCACCUCCGUGUUCCAGUACGAGGGACUGUGGCGCAGCUGCGUGCAGCAGAGCUCCGGCUUCACCGAGUGCCGGCCCUACUUCACCAUCCUGGGCCUGCCAGCCAUGCUACAGGCAGUUCGAGCCCUGAUGAUUGUAGGCAUCGUCCUGGGGGCCAUUGGCCUCAUAGUGUCCAUCUUCGCCCUGAAGUGCAUCCGCAUUGGCAGCAUGGAGGACUCCGCCAAAGCCAACAUGACUCUGACUUCUGGGAUCAUGUUCAUCAUCGCAGGUCUUUGUGCAAUCGCUGGAGUGUCUGUGUUUGCCAACAUGCUGGUUACUAACUUCUGGAUGUCUACAGCCAGCAUGUACACCGGCCUGGGUGGGAUGGUGCAGACUCUUCAGACCAGGUACACUUUUGGGGCAGCCCUGUUUGUGGGCUGGGUCGCCGGAGGCCUCACGCUAAUUGGAGGCGUGAUGAUGUGCAUCGCUUGCCGGGGCCUUGCGCCCGAGGAAACUAGUUACAAAGCCGUGUCUUACCAUGCCUCGGGCCAAAACGUCGCCUACAGGCCCAGUGGCUUCAAAGCCAGCAGUGGCUUUGAGUCCAGCAUGAAAAACAAGAAGACAUAUGAUGGUGGUGCCCGCACAGAGGAUGAGGGACAGUCUCAUCCUUCCAAGUAUGACUACGUGUAGCUCUCCGAGACACCUCAGCAUGGACAGAAGAAACCACCUCUUCCAUUAGAGCUCACCCAAAAAGACAAGGAAAUUUUACCUUGAUUCCCGAUUGCUUUUGACUCGCAGUUGGAAGUUAGAAAGCCUUGAUUUCAUCUGUGGUGCAGCCAGAUGGUCUUAGCCACUGGUCUCUUGUCUCUACAUGUUUUAUCACAAAACAACUGAGUUAUCAGAUGUGUGUUAGAGGUGAUAGCCCACAUUUUCCAAUCCUCUUACUCCUUUUUUUUUAAAUAUAACCUUUUAACCUGAUGAUAGAAUGUGGUUUGAAUUCCUAUCAAUCACCUAGAUAAUGUAGACAGACAAUCCCUCCUCCUUCCAGCCAACAGCCCAUUGAUGAUCUGUUUCCCAGCUCAUCCCCCAGAACAAUUCGGAAAGGAAAAACAGAAUCAAUCAAAAGACAUCAUUUUCUGCUACUUGAUUUUGCCCCCCUCCCACCCUAAUUUGGCUUCUAAUAAAAACACUGAAGACAAGGUGACAAGGGAAAGAUAUUUCCCAUCUCUCCAGCUCAUUAUCUGAAUUUUCUUACACUGUGAUCUUGAACAUGAC